AUGAAAACAUUAGUUAAAUCAUCAUUUAAUUGGAUAAAAUAUGAAAGAUAUAUCUACACAGUUAUCCUACUAUUGAGUACCAUUACUUAUGGUAUUGCUGUGGGAAUCUAUGCACCGAUUAUGGUCGACAUGAAGUAUAUACUCAAUACAUCAAUGCGUUGGGUGUCUAUGUUUGCAACGUUUGAGACAAUCGGCUAUUGUUUGGGCAGCUUAUUGUCCAUGUCAUUCAAGUAUCUUAACCGACAGCUGACAAUGUCGGUACUGUUUGCACUGUUGACUAUAGCGUCGGCAUCCAUACCACUGGUUCCCCAAUUAUGGAUUCUAUAUGUCUGUGCGUUUACUAUUGGUGUCGGCAGUACUGUAUACGCUUCUUCAUCAAUUGUCUGGUGUCUGGAGCUAUGGCGCGACACCAAACUACCGAUACUGCAGAUACUUGAACUGGCCUACGGUAUUGGUAGUGCACUGUGCAAUGUGUCGCUGAAACCUUAUCUGAUCGGUGAACCGUCUCAUUUGGAUAACAGUACGGCCGGUAGUUUGCCAUACAAUGAUAACGAGGAACUGGUGAUCGAUUUGAAUCAAGUGUAUGAACGAAGAAAGAGACUAAUGUUUCCCACUUUACUUAUCGGCGGCUGUAUUAUAAUAGUGCCCAUAACGGUGUUUACUAUGUAUUUUCUGAGACCAUACAAAGCACCCAAAGAGAAAUCGGAGGACACGGACACCGCCGAUGAUGAUGUCGUUGACAACAAAACAGAAGUCAGUGUCAAACUGUUUGAUCGCAAAGAUAUGCCGAAAAAGACGAGCCGAUUGUUGUUUACAGCAUUCUUCGGCUUUUAUGCCAUCUAUGAGAUUGUGUUCAUGAAGUUUGCCAUUACUUAUCUACAGUACUCGCCCCUAAAGUUGACGGCCGGUGCGGCCGCGCAAAUGCAAUCGGUAUCCACUGCCGUUUUUGCUGUUGGACUGGCACUCAAUAUAUACUAUCAAUACAAAUUUAAUUUGAAUUAUGUUAUGGCCUGUCAUUAUCUAUUGAUGAUUACGGGAACAGUUCUGCUGAUACCUGGCCAACACAAUCCUACAUAUCAAUGGGCAUCGGCUGUAAUAAUGCCGCUUGGCCAGUCAGCCAUGUACGGUGGUAUAAUGGCCUGGACGGAACAGUAUAUGGAUUUUACAAACUCCAUGAGCUCCAUGUUUCUAAAUAUGCGGGCAAUCAUAGAGUCGCCCAUUUGGGCUAAAUAUGAACGAUAUAUUUACACAUUUAUUUUAAUCCUCAGUGAUCUCGCUUAUGGUAUGGUUUACUCAAUGUAUGCACCGAUUAUGGUCGACAUGAAGUACAUACUCAACACAUCGAUGCGUUGGGUAUCACUGUUUAGUACAUUUGAGACAACUGGCUAUUGUUUGGGCACUUUUAUGUCAUUUUUGUUUCGGUAUCUCAACCGACAGCUAACAAUAUCGGUGUUUUUUAUUUUGCUGACCAUUGCCUCGGCAUCCAUACCGCUGGUACCGGAGGUAUGGGUGCUAUUUGUUUGUGCAUUUGUACUCGGCUUCAGUAGUUCAGUAUUUUCCUGUUCGACGUGUGUUUGGGUAAUAGAGUUGUGGCGCAACACAAAAGUACCGAUCGUACAGAUAAUGGAAAUGGGGUUCAGUAUUGGCAAUGUCUUGUGUAUCGUAUCGAUGAAGCCAUACCUCGUUGGCGAACAAAAGACUGGCAGCAAUGGUGGGACCAAUAAUGAUGACAAUCUGGAGAUAGACAUCGAUCAGGUCUAUGAUAGAAGACAGAGACUAAUGUUUCCCACUUUAGUCAUUGGCGGCUGUAUUACAAUAAUACCGGUGCUGAUGCUGUUAAUGUAUUUUAUUAGUCCAUACAAACAACCAAAAGAGAAAUCCGAUGACGAAGAAACUGAAGACGAUAGAGACAGUACCGCCGAUGAUAGUAGUGCUGCUUCGGUGGUCAAAAUAUUUGACCGCAAAGAGGCACCCCGUAAGACCAUACGUGUCAUAUUUUGUGUAUUUUUUGGCUUAUAUGUCAUUUUUGAGACGGUUUAUAUGAAGUUUAUGGUCACAUAUCUCCAGUACUCACCACUUAAGCUAACAGCUGGAGAAGCGGCCAGUAUGUACUCAGUGUCAACGAUAGUCCAAACAGUGGGAAUGACACUCAAUAUAUUUUAUCAAUACAAAUUCAAAAUCAGGACUAUCCUGAAUUGUCAUUUUGCACUGAUUAUUGUUGGUACUAUCCUAUUGAUACCUGGCCAAACUAACAUAUACUGUCAAUGGGCUGCCUGUGUAUUGAUGCCAUUAGGGUUUUCGGCAAUGUUUGGCGGUAUUAUGUGGUUGGCUGAACACUAUAUGAACAUAACUAAUGUACUAAACUCUAUGUUCCGUUUAUCAAAGGGUAUACUAUGUCUGAUUACACCAUUGAUUAUCGGACCCUAUAUUGAAGAUUAUUCCCAAUCAAAAAAUACUCUAAUGCAUUAG